AUGAACGGGACAUCAGCACCGCGGCCUUCGCGGCCGACCAACACGAAGGAGCUUGCCGCAAUGGGCGACAACUUCGAAUUCCAACCUACAGUUCCCUUCAAGCACUGGGCUCGUUCAGCUGACGUCCUGUAUCAAGAGGCAGGAUUCGCCAUGCAGGACCACGACUACAGGAAAGCAUACGUCAUGCUCUGGCGACACUCAUCGCUUGUGCUGAAACACCUCGACACGCACCCUGACGCCAAACUUCCGGAAAACAAGGCCUUCACGAAGGCCUUGCGGAAGCGCCAGGCGAAUGAGGUCUUCAGGCGUCUCGAACAACUCAAACCGCUCAUUGACAGUGAAUACGACGAGUGGGCACGGAUGACCGCUGCGUCUAAGAAGGCCGACAUCGAGCAAGAAGUCUUGAAACCCACGACCUACAAUGAUUUUGCAGCUCGUGACCCCUCUCUUGGUGGGAGAGCAAGAAUUCUGGACGCAGGCGACAACCAGGAGUUCGCGGUCGACUUGGCGCAACGAGAUUUCGUCCGGCGGGACACAAUAAAGAGGGGAAUCCGCCGUGCUGGUGUUUCGGUGGAGCAGGAGCAAGAGCGCCGGAGAGGUGGUGCAUGGGAUGACUGGCAAGGCGGACAGCCGGAUACCACGAACGACGCCGAAGAAUUGAGAAGACAAAUGGAAGCCACUCGACAAAGGCUUGAUGACAACCAGGGCGGGUACCAGAGAGUCGAAGACGCUUUCAGCCACACAGGCGUCUCACGCCCACAUCCACCAUCGCCUCCUCCCAAAAUACCGACCCAGCCGUACCAUUAUCCUUCCGUGUCAAAACCGAAACCAGUGCAUUGGGAUUCUGCCCCACUGGAGCCUCGAAGGCCGGAUAUCGCGGCACCAUCAAAGCCUCCAAAAGAAUUGGACAUUCCGCCUUACAAACACGACGUUGUGCCGCCCUCGAGGCCGCUCAAGGAGUCUCUCCCGGCGUACAAACGACUCCCUACACCUGAACCACCAGCAGCAGCUGCCCCCACUCGGCCUCCAAAGGAACAGGAGGUGGAGAAUGGGGAUCCUAUCCGGCCCGUUUUCAUUCCCAGCGAACUGCGUCAUAAGUUCCUUGAGAUUGCUUCAGGAAACACGCGCAAGGGCUUAGAGAUGUGUGGCAUUCUGUGCGGAAGGCCGAUUAAUAACGCACUUUUCAUCAGCUGUCUCCUUAUCCCCGAGCAGAAAUGCACAUCGGACACUUGCGAAACAGAGAAUGAGUCUGCGCAACUCGAGUAUUGUAUCAACGAGGAUCUCUUAGUUCUCGGCUGGAUUCAUACACACCCAACACAGACCUGCUUCAUGAGUUCGCGUGAUCUCCACACACAGGCGGGGUACCAGAUCAUGAUGCCUGAGAGUAUUGCGAUCGUCUGUGCCCCGCAACACCAGCCGUCGCACGGCAUCUUCCGCCUGACGAAUCCGCCUGGCCUCCCGCAUAUUCUCAAUUGCAACCAGGCGGCGAUGUUCCACCAACAUCACAUUGACAACAUUUACACUAAGGCCAGCAACCCUCCUGGACACGUGUUUCAGUCAGACAAGCUGCAUUGGUACGUCAAGGACUUGCGACCCAAAAAUUAG